AUGAGACCUAUCCUGCUUUCGGGUCACGAACGUGCCCUCACCCAGAUCAAGUUCAACGCUGACGGCGAUCUCCUCUUCUCCGUCUCCAAGGACCAACAAAUUGGCGUCUGGUACUCACACAAUGGCGAGCGCCUCGGCACGUAUAAGGGCCACCAGGGUGCCAUCUGGACCGUCGAUGUCGAGCCUACCUCGACCAUGAUUGCCAGUGGCAGCGCCGACAACACGAUUCGCCUGUGGGACAUCAAGUCCGGCAAGUGUCUCAAGACCUGGGACUUUCCUACAGCUGUCAAGCGCGUCGAGUUCAGCCCCGACGGCCGCCAGCUGCUUGGUGUCACUGAAAAGCGCAUGGGCCAUCUCGGAACGAUCGUCGUCCUCAACAUUAACCCCGAUGUCAACGGCGAGCAGAGCGACGAGAGGGAGCUCACCAUUGUUUGCGACGAGAGCAAGGCUACUGUCGCCGGCUGGAGUUAUCUCAGCAAGUACAUCAUCGCCGGCCACGAAGACGGCUCCGUCUCCCAAUACGAUGCCAAGACUGGCGAGCUUCUCUACAACAUCCCUGUCCACGAGCUCGACAUGCAAGUGACCGACCUCCAGUGGUCUCCUGACCGGACAUACUUCAUCACCGCUUCCAAGGACAAGACGGCCCGCCUCAUUGCCGCUCGCGACCUCGAGGUCCUCAAGACAUACCCCUCCGAUACUCCUCUCAACAGCGCCUGCAUUACUCCCAAGAAGGAUUACGUUAUUCUCGGCGGUGGUCAGGCUGCCAUGGAUGUCACUACCACUGCUGCCCGGCAAGGAAAGUUCGAGGCGCGUUUCUACCACAAGAUCUUCGAAGACGAGAUUGGCCGUGUCCGUGGUCACUUUGGUCCUUUGAACACUGUCGCUGCUGACCCCACCGGCAAGAGCUACGCCAGUGGUGGUGAGGACGGCUACGUCCGUGUCCACCACUUCGACAAGGGCUUCUUCGACUUCAAGUACGAGGUGGAGCGCGAGCGCGAGAACAGGCUAUGA